AUGGCCACCCAAAUUGCCCAUCCCUCUCUCCCUUUCGACCAAGACGCUGGGUUCCAGAAAAACACUCAGCCAGCUUGGAAAGGAAAAGAAAAGGCUAAGGCUAAACAGCUACAUGCAACAGCAGAAGACGAUUCCGACGGGCAGAAUGGCCCUGGAUUGAGCAGCAGUAGCAACAAAAAGGAACUCAUCGCCAAUGGAGAAGACGGCGGUGGCGAGAUUGAGGAAGUGCAGCGCAGUGACGAGGAACUUGAUACAGAGACGGAAGAAGAAGAUGAUGAUCCCUUCGCUUCCUCUGGAUCUUCUGAUUCGGAAGCUCCUCCCGAUGAAGAUGAAGCAAUUGUUGCAGCUCGCAAACAGGCAAAGCGUGAUCGGAAGAAGGGUGAGACAGAUGAGCAACGAAACGCGCGAAGACAGGCGACCAAGGCACGCCGAGCAUUACAGGACGGGCGCCAAGUUGCAGAGACUGCUAACGCAGGAAUGGUUGGUUACAUGGAAGCACGCAAAGAGAGAAAGCCGCCAUCUGAACGUCCACAAAAAGUUGAAAAAAUAUGGCGCGGCCUAUAUCCCAUGGUGAAGACUUGGUGGAAGGAGGGUGGGAAAGAAAUACCUCAGGCGCAUAUGCGUUCUAUCAACGCCGCGCAGUCCAAGAUUAGAAAGUACUGCGAAACGCUAAUCAAUACGCCUGAGCAAGUUGAGGCUACCCACCGUUACCAUCGCGAGUGGCCCCUUAAAGCAAAGAAGAUUCGAUCUACUCAUAUUGGAGUCUCAGAUACGCAGCUGGAGCCUAUCUUGACGGAAGCAGAGAGGGAUUUUCGGCAAAAAAUCGGUAUGAAGGAUUAUAGCAAAGAUGGCGAGGAAACUUUAGCCGACCUUCAACAUAAAUAUGGAUUUCCAUAUGAGUUACUUCAUGGUCAAAUUCAUGCUAUGGGAAAAGAACUCGAGAUUCUCAAAGACCUCCCAAAGGAUAACUCCCACAAGACUAGAGUAGAGCGCCUUGAGAAAGAUGUACAAAAUGAGGCUCCCGGGAAGCAAAAGCAAAGACUUGAGAGGAGACUGGAGAAGGCGAAGGGAGCGAGGGUAGAAAAUGACAAAAAGACCACUGCGUUCCUACGCGGGGUAUUGUUGUUCAUGGAGAGUUUGUCUGAUCUUGGUAUUGCCCCAGCAUCAGUCAUAUCGGGCACAGCAAUGACGGAAUUUCACACCUUCCUCAAGUCUUCAGACCAACACCAGGAGCUUUAUCAAAAGCUAUCUCAAGAACUAGAAAGGCCAACCCUCGAGCAGGUAGAGUCCUGGGAGUUAGUAGCUAACCCAGUAUACGAACUUGUAGAAACAAUGCGCGAUCGAAACGGGAUGGUUACAGACAAGCAGAUAGAGACUGUGAAGGAGCAAAUGGAGGUGGUCACCACGUACAACAAGAAGUUACAGCUUGCGAACAAGGAGAAUGGCCUCGAAGCAAAUAUGAACUCGGUGCCUGUCUCAAUACUGACCGAGAUGAUGAAUGAGUGGCAAGCCGGUCACUCAGAUAUCGUGGAUACCAACCUGGAAAGGCUACUGGACCAACUCCGUACUGAAGAGCCUGCUAAGGAUGUUUUGAAGUCUUUAGAAACUCGUAUCGCUCCUGCCAGUUCUGCGCGUCUCGAAGCUCCCGCCAAUCCUAAGCGCUCUGAAGCUAUUUUGCACCCUAAAACUCCCAUCGCUUCUGGUGUUCCUAAAAUACCAGAGAUGGCCGGAUCGGGUAACUCUACGCGCUCAGUAUCAACACCACCUACCCCUAGCAGGAAUGUAUUGGAGAAAGACCUACUUGAUAUGGAUAUCGAUUCAAUGUCGCUAGAUAACGACCGUAUUAAAUCCUUUACAUACGAUAAUGGAGAGACUGAGUUUGGCACGCUGGUAGCAACUCGCGCUUCUCUAUCAGAAAAUCCACGCUUCCAUCGGUUCAUUGUCAACGCUGGCGUAGGAGAAGAGAAAUGGGAAUUCUUCCAGGUUAUUAGGGGAAGCGAUUUGGGCCCAGGAGGCGCUGAAAGCAUGCCCGAAGACAAAGAGAUGAAGUUUGAUUUGAGAGACAGGAAGAAAAACCUCAAAGCUCACCCUCUAUGUGAGGUCGGCCCUUGUGUAGUUAUGUCCCGUGCGGAGGGAUAUGUCUGCCGUGCUCGUACCAAGCCACAUCAACCGGACACAUACAUCAGAGUGACCUAUACGGGGCUUGAUACUGCAGAUUGGUUGAGCAAGACUGAAUUUAUCCAGCUUGCUGGGAAAAGAUAUGCGGAGCGGAAGCUAGCCAGUUUGGUUCCAGCUUACUACCAAAGGGAGAAAUACUUUGCAGCCUGCAAAGCUCAGAAGCGGCAUCCCAAGACGAAGAUGCCUCUGACAGCCGAGGAUCUGGAGAAUUCUCCAUGGCUAUUCCCAGAAGAAGACAGACUUUCGUACAGUUACGGGGAAGUCGACGAAGAAGUCGACGAAGAAGAGGAGACAGCAAGCAGCCCUCUCGCUACGAAUUUUGGAAAUGCUUCAAUCUCUGAAGCAUUUAGCAAGGCUAGAGAGCCCUUACCCGGUUAUAAUACACAUAAAAAUGAGUUGGACAAGGAAACUGAUGAAGAGUUGUAG